AUGGAAUUGCUUCGCCAGAACCACCUCGACUUGAACUCACUCAAGCCGGGCGGCGGCGAAGACGCGAUCCAGCCUGAAAAUGUGCUGCUGAUUGAUCAUACCGGGGUCAUUCGGAAUAUGGAGAGAAGCCUUAAUCAAGUACGAGAGCGUCUCGCUCGCACCGAGCAGUAUCUUGUGACUCUGGAAGAGCAAUGGCUCACAACUGACGAUACUUUCAAGGUUAAGGCACUUCAAUUCGAACGUGCCAAGUGGCAAAAUACCUUCAGACGCGUCAUUGCUCAACUCAAGUCGGAGCGCUUGAAGCGAAUUGACUAUACCGCAGACAUACUCGGCUCUUGGUCCUCCGCCACUGUUCCACCACCAAUUCCGGAGCGAAUGCGUAGGCAGAAAGCGGAGAACAGCUGUCCAAUUUGCCAACAAGAUUUCCCAGUCCCGGAGGAAAAUGUGAUUGUUCCUGCACCCAUGGUUUCACCAUGCUGCCACCAGCCAUUCGACUUUGAUUGCUUGCUGCCUUGGGUCUUCAGACAGAUUGACGCAGACCAGAAGGCCACUUGUCCUUUGUGUCGGACCGAAGUCGAUCUGGACUUCCUGGAAGAGAUUCUUGAGGUUCUGAUCAAGAACCUCAACAAAUAG